AUGAGUGAGUCAGACUCGGACGAUGACAGCGACCAGCCCACGACGCGGAACGGAUCUAUUGCGACACCACGGUCGAGCAGACGGGGCGGGACUCUGCGGACGCGUGCGGCAGCGAAUCGCGCUGCCGAUACGGACGACGUGUCGGAGGACGGCGAUGACUUGUACGACGCCAGUUCCCGGGCGCAGCGCACGCAGUCGAGCCGGACGACGCGGAACCAGACGCAGAGCGAGUCGCAGAUGUCGGUGGCAUCAUCACGACCGGCGUCACAGCUGAUCGAUUCCCAGACGGACGAGAACACCACGCAGUCGCAGGCCAGCUCUGCAGCACCACUGCAGCCGGCGCGACUGGCAACCUUCCGUCAGGCUCUGGGACCGCUGAUGGGCACGCGCCUGUUUGUCAACGACGACAGCGCCGAUGUCGAAACGCUGAUCGGAGCCGUCAAUACGGCGAUCCGGGCGAACCCAUCGCUGGGCGAGCCGCAUGUCUUCCAGCGGGCAGAGGCUAUUCAAGCGUUGAAGGCGAUGAACGAGAGAAAUGAGUUAAUGUACCUCGAAGACGACGAGACUGUGUACAGAAUCUAG